CUUUACAGUUACGAUUAAAUGAAGACUAGUUCAAGAAGAACUGGAUUAGAAGGCAUAAAUCAUCAUUUAUAUACAUCAUCUACAUCCCCUUAGAUGUUUUUCUCUACUUUCUCAGUGUGUGUGUUUCUUCUUUCGCCUUUGUAUCGCAGUUCACACACUCGAUUGAAAAAUAUAAACACCGCAGUGCGAAUUGCUACUCUAUCAAAUCAUCCAGUCAAAGGUGAAUGGGCCGGAACCGGUCUUUUGCACAAGCACCUACUCACCGUGAGCGUGGGUGACUACAUGCAGCGCGUCUCGAUUUCAACAUCCCCAUUCAAGGGGGCAAAAAAACAGCCAAAAAAAGGAGUGAAGCUUGCUCACUAUCAGAAUCGAACUGAUGACCUUAUCAUGUCUUGGGCGACUACUAGUGAUACGCUCUACCACUGAGCCAAGCGAGCUUACAUAAACAGACGACAAAUUAUAUGAUAUAUAUACCCAGUUCAAUUGAAUUUCACUGCAUUGAGGUCAUGAAGAAGCA